AUGUCAGACGAUCCAAUGGCAGAUUUCCUGGCGAGGGAGAAGGCAGCGCUCGGAGACGACGCUGAGCUCUUCGCAACAGGUUCAGCACCGACAGCACCGUCAGGCGUAGAUCUGACAAGUAUGAGUGAGCAGACUUCGUGCACUGGGCGCCCUCCAGCCAAAUCACCCUCACCUCGACCUUCGGGAAUGGACGCCUUCCCCUCACUUGAUUCACCAGGAAUCAACGGGUCAGAGUUCAGAGUCACUGGGGUCGCGGGCACAGGCCAAGAUGAGGAAAUGGAGAAGUUCACGAGUGCCUUUCCGGAUCUGUCGGAUGAGGUCAGGGCAGAAGCGCCUCCCAAACCCGUCUUCAAUGCUCUCGCUGCUCAACCUUACGGAUCUUCACCUUAUGCCAAUACCGCGCCUCCAAAGAGCUCCACCUCCAUCCUUCCUCCACCGCCUCUACAAAACACCCUGCCGGAAGCCCAAGAAGACACUGAGCCAAUCAAGGAGUGGCGCGCACGUCAAGCUGAAGAGAUCAAACGUCGGGACGAGAAUGAUCGUAAAGCUCGUGAUGAGAUGAAGAACAAGGCGGAGAAGAGCAUCGAUGCGUUUUAUGAGGAGUACAAUAAGCUCAAGGAGAAGAACAUCAGGGAGAACAAGGAGAACGAAGCUGCAUUCUUGGAAAAGUUGAGAGACGGUACCGCGAAAGGAUCUGCAUGGGAGCGAGUGACAGAACUCAUUUCUUUGGAGAAUUCUCAAUCAAAAACCAUUAGACCGUCUGUGCCAGGUGGAUCUGAUCUCGCCCGUAUGCGUGAGAUCCUAUUGGCUCUGAGACGAGAGGGUGACAAGGCGCCCGGAGCUGCCGGUUUCUAGAUGAGGAGAGAUGAUAAUAGAGCGAGGGAGGGUGGAAAAAAAGAGAGGAAUGAUUCCAAACUUGUUGUAUCGAGACACCACCGCACAGGGGGGCUGGGCAGGAACACGGAGGAGCGGGGUUGACCCGCAGCCCCGUCGAGUGGACGACCAGUCUCGCCGCCGUAGCGCUUCAAUGACUUACGAGAUAGUCUUGUCGGUGAAAAACGUUAUGUACACGACGUUGAUGAACAUGUGCAUAAGCCGGGACUUCAUGGUGCAAUGAUCUCUGGCGAACUGACUGACUCUUGUGCUUCGAUCGAGAAGUAGGAGAAGAUGAGGUGAAUGGAGAGAUGCAUGGCAGUCGUGAGGAAUUCGUAGCAUCAUGAGGUCAUGCUGUGUCGUGCGGGCAUUAAGAAAGCACUUCAUCACCAGAACCACUUCUGGUAUG